AUGUCCAUUACCCAUAUCGUUCUUUUCCAGUUCAAGCCAGAAGUGGCUACUGAGGUCGUUCAUGAUGCCUGCGAGCGUAUGCUUGCUCUCAAGGAUAAUUGCGUUCACCCCACCUCACAACAGCCCUAUAUCAAAUCGGCAUCUGGUGGGAAGGAUAACUCCCCCGAGGGCAUCCAGAAUGGAAUUACACAUGCCUUUGUCGUAGAGUUUACAAGCGCCGCAGAUCGAGACUAUUAUGUACAAAGCGAUCCGUCUCAUCUGGCCUUCGUCAAAACUCUUGACGGGCUCAUUGAGAAAGCACAAGUCAUCGACUUCACUGAUAGAGUUCUCUGA